AUGUUCAUGUCCUCCGAAACGCCAGAAGCCUUCGAGAGUAGGCCGUCCGACCUGACCUCCCAUCCUGCCCACGAGGCGGACGGUGAGAAGUCACAUGGAACCACCAGCAAACCCAUCCUGGCCGACCAGGUGCGCGCCGUCAUUCGUCUGAUACAAUGCCGAAAAUGUUCUUACCCCCUGAACGACCCCGUUACGCUGCCCUGUGGUCGCAGUCUUUGUCGAGAAUGCCUGCCAGAGACGCGCACGAGGGAACACAUCUCCUACCCCGCGACGCCAGCCCGCCUCCAGGGCUUCGACUGCCCCUUUCCCGAAUGUGGCAAACAACACGCCCUGAGCGAUACCAGCGCGGAUGUCGUUUUGAGCAAAGCAAUCGAUCACUUCAGAAACGCCAUAUUGCAGGGCCAAGGCCUCGAGGCCUUGAACAGCAUCCUCACGAACGUAUCGAUACAAGACGAAGACGAAUGGGCGGUCGCGGGCUUAAGCUCCCUGGCGGAGAGGAACCACAAAUCCACAUUGGUCAGGGGAGGGAAGCUUGUCGCCACAUACACUCUGGCUGAACAGGGCGAGUUGAAGUAUGCCGCAGAGGUAUCAUUUGCCGAGGUUUCCCUGACUGGUGAUGAGGCGGCCCUCGUCGACGAGGCUGUCUUUAUGCAAGUCAAGGAGUCAGUGCGCACCGAGAUGGACUGCCAGGUCUGUUACGCACUCUUCUAUGAUCCUUUGACGACGGUGUGUGGUCACACCUUUUGCCGUUCGUGCCUCCACCGCGUUCUCGACCACUCACUCUACUGCCCGAUCUGUAGGAGAGCCUUGUCAAUCAGCCCUCUACUGCAUCGGCAAUCAUGCCCAUCCAAUGAAAGUCUGUCGAAGAUGAUCAACACUUUCUGGGCUGAUGCCGUGCUAACCCGAGGAGAUGCCCUAGCGGCUGAGGCGUUGAAUCGACAUCGAGAGUUUGACAUUCCCGUCUUCGUCUGUACGCUGGCAUUCCCGAUGAUGCCAACGUUCCUUCACAUCUUUGAGCCAAGGUAUCGACUCAUGAUUAGACGUGCGUUGGAAGGGGAUCGGACCUUUGGAAUGGUUAUGCCGCGACGACCACGGCAUGCAGACGACGCUCCGUUUGUUGAGUACGGUACACUUCUCCGCAUUGUCAAUGCGGAAUAUUUCCCAGACGGCCGCAGCUUGAUCGAAACCAUUGGCAUAUCUCGUUUCAAGGUUGUGAGGCACGGGGUCCUCGACGGCUACAUUGUCGGCAAGAUUGAUCGCAUCGACGACGUCAGCAUCGCUGAAGAAGAAGAACUUGAAGCCCAAGAAAUUCGACAUUCAUCUUUGCAACGUGUCGCCAGUAACACGUCGCAACGUAGCGGCUCAGGGACGCCGCCCAGAGUGACAACGACAACAGAGGAUCUCGCGAGGAUGCCUACCCGGGAUUUACUCGACUUUGCCGUUUCAUUUGUGCAAAGGAUGAGCCAGCAGAGUGUUCCCUGGCUUGCCCAGCGCAUACUUACAAUCUACGGGGAAUGCCCAGUUGACGCAGAGCAGUUCCCCUGGUGGUUUGCCAGCAUUCUUCCCGCCAAGGAACCCGAGAAGUACAGGUUACUAGGAACACAGAGUGUUCGCGAACGACUCAAAAUCUGCUGCGCCUGGGUCCUUGAGUGGGAAGCCAAUAGGUGGUAA